AUGAAGGGUUUCCAUGCUCUCGCCAUUUGGCAGAAAUUACAAUUAUUCUACCAAGGGAUUCUGGGAAAUGGAGACAAGAGGACAGACAGUUGGCCUCUGGUCUAUUCUCCUGUGCCUAUCAGCUGCAUAUUUCUGUGCUACCUGCUCAUUAUAUGGUUGGGGCCGAAGCUGAUGAAGAACAGGCAGCCAGUCAACCUCAAACCCAUCCUGAUAGUUUACAACGUUGCCAUGGUCUGCCUGUCUGCCUACAUGUUCUAUGAGUUUACAGCCUCUUCCUGGUUGGCCAAAUACAGUCUCCUGUGCCAGCCAGUCGACUACAGUGACAGCCCACAGGCCACGAGGAUGGCCAGGGUAUGCUGGUGGUUCUACUUCUCAAAAGUAAUAGAGCUCAGUGACACUAUCUUUUUUAUCCUGAGAAAGAAGAACAGUCAGCUGACCUUCCUUCAUGUCUACCAUCACACCACAAUGAUCUUCAACUGGUGGGCUGGGGUUAAAUAUGUGGCUGGUGGCCAGUCUUUCCUGAUUGGUUUGAUCAACUCCCUGGUCCAUGUAGUGAUGUAUCUGUACUACGGAUUGGCAGCUUUUGGACCAAGCAUGACCAAAUACCUCUGGUGGAAGCGCUACCUCACCUCUCUGCAACUGCUCCAGUUUUUCAUCGUGACCAUCCACACCACCUACAACCUGUUUGCUGACUGUGACUUCCCCGACUCCAUGAACAUGGCUGUGUUCGCCUACUCCCUCAGCCUCAUCGCUCUCUUCAGUAACUUCUACUACAAAAGCUACCUCACCAAGACCAAGACAAAGGAGACGUAAGAGAAACAGAGGAAAGAAAGAAAAGAGCUGAUAUUAAA